AUGAAACCUUACCGGCUAGCUUGCGAGUGUUUUCUCACCUUCUUACUCCUCAGUAGGCCGCUCCUGGGUAGACUGUUAUCNCUCAUCCAGGGCGGUCUUGAAUGCCACUACAGUGCUGCAUCUGAUCACGUGUUCUGGCAGCCUAUCCUACAGUGGGAUCACCCUGUUGGUGAAGAACCUUGCCUAGAAUUGCAGCCUACUGUGAUUACACUGGAGUCUGAAGCUAUGCCCCUUGGUGCCAAUUUCCGGGAUCGCAGAGAAUACUUCCUCACUUUUGAUGGCGGACAAAUCGUUCAUUAUUUUGAACGCUUCAUUUAA